CCGGCUCCUGCCCCUGGGCCCGGCCCGGCAGGGAAGGGAGGCGGCGGCGGUGGCGGCGGAGGCAGCCCCGGACCCACGGCGGGACCGGAGCCCCUGAGCCUGCCCGGGAUCCUACACUUUAUCCAGCACGAGUGGGCGCGCUUCGAAGCCGAGAAGGCCCGCUGGGAGGCCGAGCGCGCCGAGCUGCAGGCCCAGGUGGCAUUCCUCCAGGGAGAAAGGAAAGGGCAGGAGAAUCUCAAGGCCGACCUGGUGCGGAGGAUCAAGAUGCUGGAAUAUGCUCUGAAGCAGGAGAGGGCCAAAUAUCAUAAACUCAAGUUUGGCACAGACCUGAACCAGGGGGAGAAGAAACCAGAUCUCUCAGAGCAAGUCUCCAAUGGCCCCGUGGAGUCAGUCACCCUGGAGAGCAGCCCGCUGGUGUGGAAGGAGGGGCGGCAGCUUCUGCGACAAUACCUGGAAGAGGUGGGCUACACAGACACCAUCCUGGACAUGCGCUCCAAGCGCGUGCGCUCCCUGCUGGGCCGCUCUCUGGAGCUCAAUGGGGCCGUGGAGCAGCCCAGCGAGGGGGCUCCCCGGGCCACGCCAGCCCCCGGGGUGCUCAGCGGGGGCGAGUCACUGCUGGUGAGGCAGAUAGAAGAACAGAUCAAGAGGAACGCAGCCGGCAAAGACGGCAAGGAGCGCCUGGGCGGCUCGGUGCUGGAGCAGAUCCCCUUCCUGCAGAACUGCGAAGACGAGGACAGCGAUGAGGACGACGAGCUGGACAGCGUGCAGCACAAGAAGCAGCGUGUGAAGCUCCCCUCCAAGACCUUGGUGCCCGAGAUGGAGGAUGAGGAUGAGGAAGACGACUCGGAGGACGCCAUCAACGAGUUUGAUUUCCUGGGUUCCGGGGAGGAUGGGGAGGGAUCUCCAGAUCCCCGGCGUUGUGCUGGCGACGGGAACCACCACGAGCUGGAAAGCCGCCGUGUGAAGCUCCAGGGGAUUUUGGCUGACCUUCGAGACGUGGAUGGGCUUCCCCUCAAAGUGACCGGCCCGCCCCCUGGAACUCCACAGCCCCGGCCCCACGAAGGUUCCUUUGGCUUCUCCUCAGACGUUUUCAUCAUGGACACUAUCGGGGGCGGGGAGGUGAGCCUAGGGGACUUGGCAGAUCUCACCGUCACCAACGACAACGACCUCAGCUGUGAUCUGUCUGACAGCAAGGACGCCUUCAAGAAGACAUGGAACCCCAAGUUCACCCUGCGCUCACACUACGACGGCAUCCGCUCCCUGGCCUUCCACCACAGUCAAUCAGCCCUGCUCACCGCCUCUGAGGACGGCACGCUCAAGCUCUGGAACCUGCAGAAGGCCGUCACCGCCAAGAAGAAUGCCGCGCUUGAUGUGGAACCCAUCCACGCCUUCCGGGCCCACAGGGGCCCCGUUCUGGCCGUGACCAUGGGCAGCAACAGCGAGUACUGUUACAGUGGUGGGGCGGACGCCCGCAUCCACAGCUGGAAGAUUCCCGACCUCAACAUGGACCCCUACGACGGCUACGACCCGAGUGUGCUGAGCCACGUCCUGGAGGGCCACGGGGACGCUGUGUGGGGCUUGGCCUUCAGCCCCGCCUCCCAGCGCCUGGCCUCCUGCUCCGCCGACGGCACCGUCCGCAUCUGGGACCCCAGCAGCAGCAGCCCCACCUGCCUCUGUACCUUCCCCACAACCAGUGAGCAUGGGAUCCCCACCUCAGUGGCCUUCACCAGCACCGAGCCCGCCCACGUGGUGGCCUCUUUCCGCUCUGGCGACACUGUCCUGUAUGACCUGGAGGCUAGCAGCGCCCUCCUCACGCUGGAGUCCCGGGGAAGCAGCGGCCCAACCCAGAUCAACCAAGUGGUGAGUCACCCCAACCAGCCCCUAACUAUCACUGCCCAUGACGACAGAGGCAUCCGCUUCCUGGACAAUCGGACAGGGAAACUCGUGCACUCCAUGGUUGCCCACCUGGACGCCGUCACCUGCCUAGCCGUGGACCCCAAUGGUGUAUUCCUGAUGUCGGGAAGUCACGACUGCUCCCUGCGCCUGUGGAGCCUGGACAACAAGACGUGUGUGCAGGAGAUCACAGCCCACCGCAAGAAGCACGAGGAGGCCAUCCACGCUGUGGCCUGCCACCCCAGCAAGGCCCUCAUUGCCAGCGCCGGCGCCGACGCCCUGGCCAAGGUCUUCGUAUGAUGCCUGCCGGGCCCCCCCUGGCCGCUUGCCUGGCUAGGGAGUGGGGCCGGGCCGGCAGGGCUGAGG